AUGUCCGAUGACGAGGGUCUUUCAAUCUACGAUGAGGUCGAGAUCGAGGAUAUGACUUUUGAUGAGGCUAUGGGCGUUUACCAGUUCCCAUGUCCUUGUGGCGACAAGUUUCAAAUCACACUCGAGGAUUUGCUGGACGAGCAGGAUAUUGCCGUGUGCCCUAGUUGCAGUCUCAUGAUUCGGGUUAUUUUUGACCUGACCCGGCACGACAGUCACCCUUCCGCCGUGAGCACGACACCCUUUGAGGAGCUUGAAGCUUCUGUGUCCAACCCAACACCGGUAAAUCGGCCACAACUUCCGGAAUCCUUGAAAAUUUUAUUUUCGCAACGUCCUCAAACCAACGCGAACAGAAACCCCUGCAUGGGUAGGACAAGAGUGGUUCCAGGGUACCUGGAAGCCCGGCUGAUACUGGUUCAACGUACUCUGUGUCGCCGCCACAACCAGCCAAUUUACAAGGGCAACGGGCAGGGAGGAAGGAAUUGAGGCCCCAGCCAGUUCAGAUAAGAGCGCAACACAAAUGGCAUGCCGGAAAUAAAUUUGCCGCCGUUACUCCGUUGGUUCAGGGUUCCUGCCAAGCUUCCAGAGAUAAGCAGGAAGCAUGAGGCUCAAGUGAGCUGGGCAGUAAAAGAGACACACUAUAUUUCACGAAAGAAAAAAAAACCAGAAAAUGGUGGUAUGCGAUUAGUAUUAAUAUAGCUGGAGGUGAUUUCGCUCCAUUGGUCUAUCUAUUCUAGUCAGGACAAAACGUUCCCGAUCUAUCUCCAUCGAAAGUUAAACGCGCA